CUGUCAGAAAAGCUUGUUGCUUUUCUGUGCUUAGCGCAAAGUAAUACUAAGGGAGUGAAUUUUUACUGUUUCUGAAAAAUGUAUUUCAUUAUUUUUAAGUGAAGUUAAUUAGCGUCGAUCACUGUUCCAUUUAAAUAUUCCAGCUUCACUUGAAGCGCUGUUUAUGGCAGUUCUGAGGAGCCGGAUUCGGAGUUGGCGGCUGCCUGUGUAUGACUAGGACUCUGGGCAGGUAGUGAUGAGAUCCAGGACUGAAAGUGCCUUGUCAUCCGCUGUCCUGGGUGUCCAGCCCACAUGUGCAGAGCCUGAGCACCCAGCCCGGCUGGCAGCCAUAGCCGUAUAGAGAGCGCCACCCUCGACUUCUCCAGAUCUCCAGCUCCAGGGGUCGCUGACACUCGCUUGGAGAGAGUGGCUCGAAACCUCGGGUGACACGCCUACGUCUGCCGGUCACACGUAGGCCACCUGUCAUUCCCUUGCGUGCACGCAGUCAAGCCUGCCCUUUGGUCUUGCCAGGGCACUGCACUGCUCACGGACGAGCAGGAGCGGCUAGCUGCCUUUACUGACGCUUUCUCGCUCGCCGCCAGAGUUCAACGCUUUUCCUAAAGUUUCAAAGCCUUCCCUGGAGGAGCCAUCCUCUCUGGUAGCCUCGCCUCUUGCUGCCUUCGACAUGGCGUUAAACAUCGCGUCUAUACGAGAUACAAAAUGGCUGACACUGGAAGUGUGCCGCCAGUUCCAGAGGGGCACUUGUUCUCGGACUGACGAGGAAUGCAAAUUCGCACACCCACCCAAGAGCUGCCAGGUGGAGAAUGGUAGAGUCAUCGCCUGCUUUGACUCCCUGAAGGGCCGAUGCACGCGAGAGAAUUGCAAGUACUUGCACCCUCCGGCACACCUGAAGACGCAGCUGGAAAUAAACGGCCGCAACAACCUCAUCCAGCAGAAGACGGCGGCAGCCAUGCUGGCCCAGCAGAUGCAGUUUGUGAUCCCGGGCACGGCCAUGCCGCCAGUACCGACGUUUCCUGUAAGCCCAGGUUUGGGAAGCAGCCCGGGGAUCAGCUACACUCCGUACCUGGCACCUGUGACCCAUGGAAUGGGCCUCGUCCCCACGGAGAUGCUCCCCAGCGCACCCGUCAUCAUGCCGGGAAGCCCGCCAGUCUCGGUGCAGAGCUCCUCCUCCUCCCAGAAGCUGCUGAGGACCGAUAAACUAGAGGUGUGCCGCGAGUUCCAGCGGGGCAACUGUGCACGGGGUGAGACGGACUGCCGCUUCGCCCACCCCAGUGAGAGCCCCAUGAUCGACACGAGCGACAACACCGUCACCGUCUGCAUGGACUACAUCAAGAGCCGCUGCUCCCGCGAGAAGUGCAAGUACUUCCACCCUCCGCCACACCUGCAGGCCAAGAUCAAGGCCGCGCAGCACCAGGCCAGUCAGAGCGCUGUCGCAGCGCAGACGGCCACCGCAGCCAUGACUCAGUCGACUGCCAAAGCAAUGAAGCGACCCCUCGAGGCAACUGUAGAUCUGGCCUUCCCGCAUGGAAUGCUGCAGCCCCUGCCCAAGCGCGCAGCCCUGGAGAAGACCAACGGCACCGCCGCACUCUUCAGUCCCGGAGUUCUGCAUUACCAGCAGGCCCUGGCCAGCGCACAGCUACAGCCGCCCGCCGCCUUCUUCCCCACAGGGUCUCUCUUGUGCAUGACUCCUGCUACCAGCAUUGUACCCAUGAUGUACAGUGCUACGCCUGCUACUGUCUCUGCAGCAACAACUCCUGCCACAAGUGUCCCCUACGCAGCAACAGCACCAGCCAAUCAGAUUAUCCUGAAGUAAACUACAAGAAGGCGAGGGAGUGUCAAGACGCUGCACUCAGAAGGUCAAAACAGCCCUUCUAUAAAUACUACCUGCCCAUCUCCUUAGAGCUACAGCAAACUGCAUGCUAACAGUACGAGUAAUUAAGGAUGAGUGCUGCUGUAAACUAUACAAGCGGUGUGUAUGUGAUGCCAGGAAAAUACAGACACAAUCAGAAGAGAGUAUUGUACAUAGUUAUAUAUAUAGAUGAAGCUGGAGAUCUCAUUUUAAUAAUUGUUUGCAGAUGUUCUCCAAGUAAUGUAGGUUUAUCUCCUUCUCUGAUUUAUUAUUAUGAUUAUUUUUGUUAAGCUCUGCACAGACUUCACCCUGUAGGAAAAUACUUCUGAUUUGCACUGAAAAGAGAAAAUAUUAAUCAUUUUAAAGUGCUUGAUUGUUUUAAAUGGGUUAUAGAAAAAGUCCCAAGAAUGUGUCAGUGGGGGCAGGUUUUUCCCUGGUUACUGGAGCACCGGUGCACCUGUACUGACCUUUUAUUUUUAAAGUGAAAAAAAUAUAUAUGAAGUCUCCUUCAAUGUAAAUGAUAUAUCCAUAUAGAGUACAUAAUAUGAAUAUGUGUAAAAGUUAUAUAAAAAACUGUUUUUUGGAUUGUUGGCCAUCAGGGAGCAUCCUGUGGUCUCCAGCAUUGUGCCAAAGGCAUACAUAGCGGAGUGAGCAGGCCGACACGACCCAGCCAGGUCACCUGUGAUUUGAUAGGAUGUGACCGAAGCCCCAAACUAGCAGAGAGCGUGUGGGGGGCCUGGUUCUGACCAAUUCACCCGACUCUGCUGAGCCGGCCACAGUGACAGUCAGGGUGCAAAGUGAGGUGGUGGGUGACUGACACACAACUCCAUGCUUAUCAGACGUGUGAGGCAGUUCUCGUGGAAUGAUCUGCAUUUGCUUUGGAGAAGAGCACCCCCUGGUGGCUGCCAGCCCCUGCUGCACUCUCUUUGAUAAACAUUCUGUUCUGUUCUGUUCUGUUCUGAGAAAACCGCAGAAGUGCCUAAGUCUUUUAAAUGAAACAGCAUCUUGAGGAGAGCGUGUCCGGAAUGCAUACCAUUUUAGCUGACCUGCCCAAAUUGCUUGAUUACGUUGGGGAAAGAAGAAAAGCACUAUAUAUGAUAUAUAUAUAUGUCAUGUUCUUUUGUUUCGGUUCUCAUCAUUGGACUACACUGUUUGGCUGUUUCUCAGACACAUUAUGAGCAAAGCCUCACAGCUCACAGCUAUUAAAGCUACUGCAGGUAGUUUACAUGGGAAACUGAUUACUGCGAUACAGGAAAUGUGCUGUUAUAUGUUAAGUAGUUGUACGAUGAUUGUCUCAAAUUCAUCACUGAGACAAAUAGUUCAGGCGAGUGUUUAUUUUGUGUGGUGGCCAUAAUGGAGUUUAUUAACAUUUAUUUUGUCCUUUAUUAUGAUUUUUUACAAUAACACUUACAAUAACAUUGUGUAGUUGAAACAUCAUACUAUUACUUAAUAUGUUUUAUAUAUUUUUUUUAAUACAGCAUUUUAUUACCUUUUUUCAGUGUUGUAAAAAACCUAGUUAUAAUCAUGACAUUUUCAUGAUGUUUGAUUAACAGACAAUCCAUUCGUUAAGCAUGAAUUACUGUUCGUGUUUUUUUUAAUUAUUGCUAUUAAAGUUUUCAUUCAUUAUGAUUUUUAUUUUCUUCACAAAAGUUACAGUUUUAAUGUAAUUUUUGAUGUGGAAAGUGAUUAAAUAUAUUUGUCAUUACAAUUUAGUUUUUGUUAAAUAUUAGUAAACGACAAUGCUGUAACCUGUUAUAUUUGAAAAUGAAUGUAAUUUAUUCAGCUGUACUUCAUGUGAUUGGGGGGUUGUCCACAUGUACAGUCCCUUCAGGUCAGCCAAUGAAAAUCUUUCUAACAGGCGGAAUCUGAGAGCUACAAAUAACAAGCUUUGUCUCAUCACUGCUUUCUCAUCAAGACGCAACCCAUUUCAGUUUGAGAAAUGCUUUAAAAUUUGCUUGUAUUAAUGGUAGAGCCUUUAUUGUACUGGUAAAAUUUUAUCCAAAAAGAAAGAUUACCUGUACUUCUUCAUAUAGUACACGUGUAUUUGCUACCAAUAUCUCAUUGUUGCUAUGUCAGCCUAGUUAUGACUGAAAUUACAUUUUGUGUAAAUUCUGUUUUUUGUUAACUAGAUUUCUUUGUAUUGUAUUACUCUAGAUUGUGAAUCAAAUAUUGCGACAUUUUUUGUUUCAUUGUCAGUGUCGCACCGUAAUAUUUUUCGCUAGCAGUUAAUCACCUAUGUAUUGAUGUAAAUGUCUUAAAAGUUUAAGAAUGAAUGUUUACCAAUUAAAUAUAGAGUUCAAUUUUAACUUAAAAUCAGUUUGUUUAACGAAUGAGAAUAGUUGAGCAAACAAGUACUCAUCCCCUUGCAAUGCACUGUUAAUCUGUCUAACAUCUAGAAUUCUACAGACUUGCAUAAGCUAGAAUACCUAGAAAAGGUGCUCUUGAUUGUGUCGGCAGUUUUAGGUUUGCACUUUGUUCCCAUAAAUGUAAAAAAUAAACACCUCAUUGCAUAUUGCAUGGGUUAUGGCAAAGUUCAUUUUCACCAAGCAAUGCUAAUGUACAAACGCCUGUUAUUUUCAGUCGGUUCGGAAAUACUCAGUUUAGAUCCACAAUGCCUCCAUUUCACACCAAAACAAAGACUGUGUUAUUUGAAUCGAGUCAGCGUUUGUGGACAUUUGAAAGACAAUGAUUCUGUAAGGGAGACUUGCUAUGACGAUGCUUCAGUUUGAGCGAACAGCUUAGAUAUAGCUGCAACACAGCUAACAGAGAAGCGAUCCCCAAGCAGACAGCAGAAGGCAGACUCACUUUAACGGUUAUAACUUUGCCUUACUUUUCGCAUCUUUGUAUGUGUUCAUAAAAUUUAAAAGUUUGUAUAUAAUCUUACUAAUAUGACUUUGGGUUUUUUUCAAACUUUUUUCCAUUACGCUGUCAUUUAUAUUGCAGCCAUUUGCAUACACUAUGACCUCUGGCAUGGAAACAGGAUGUCCUUGCAUCUUUUGCUUGGAAUGCCCUGCGAAUAAAAGCCUGUGUUAUGUGUGCCACAGAGAACCCUAGUAUACAUUACUGUGGGUACCACGUCUGAACUGCUGUAGCAACAUAUUCCGUCUGUAACACAGUAGUCCAUCCAGUUUGCAAAAAUAAUACAAUAAAGAUCCCCCUAUUGGAUUUCAUUUGUUUUCAGUGUAACCAUUUAGAAUGUUUUAUUUGUGAAUAUAUUAUGUGGCAUUUUAUGUUAUAGUUAAUUGCUUUGGUUCCUGAAAUAUGGUGUAAAACCCAUUGAAGCGAAACAAAUAAAACAUUACAAAGA